AGUUCGUUAGAGUCUUGUCCUCGCAUAAGUUCGGGGUCUUGGAAUAAAAAUCAAAGUUAAAACCGCGUCAGCGGAUAAACGAAAUUGGACCAGUGGGGGGAAAAAAUGAAGCGCCAAUUCCGUGAUUUUCUCUUUCUUAUUUACCUCUCGACUGGUAUUACGGUCAUGCUGGAGCCGAAAGACGGAGUAAACGAGCCUGACCUCGAACCCGAAAACCCAGCAAGUUUCACCGAUGUAUUCGCCAAGUGCAUUGCAAAAAAUAAAAAAGGAACAUUCGAGUGCUUUAAUCGGGGUAGUCUCAGUGUACUGAGUACAUUGAACGAUCACAAUCAUUUGGAUUUUGGAAAUGUUAAAUUGGAACGGAGUGAUGGUGAGGGAAGAGAUCUCCUGGAUCUUGAUUAUGACCCCAAGGAUUUUGGGAAUGUUGUCAAGGCGGCAGCCAGACUGAUGGAGAGGAGAAAUUUAAAGUGGGAUAUGGCCAGUAUUUAUCCGGGUCUUCAGAUGAGGGUUGGCCCGAUGUUGGAUGGAAAUGGGGUCUUGGAAUUUGUGGUUGACGAGAGAUAUGGAGGACAUACGGAUAGACAACUCGGAACAGGGAGAAUGCUGGUGAGGAGUUUGGUGCUCCCCUUUCUCCUCGGUUUCAAGUUCAGCCUGGCCUCCCUAAUUCCCCUUGUAUUUGGGAUACUUCUCGUUGUCACCAAGAAGGCCCUGCUGCUGACUAAAGUAGCUCUGCUGCUGAGCGGACUUCUUGGAUGGAAUUCACUGGUGUCUUCCCCGGGGUUCGCCGGUUUCGGCGGAAGUCCCGUAUUAGCGCAGCAUGGAUACGGUGGCAAUCAUCAUCCUGGGUUUGGUCAUGGUGGUCAUCAAUUUGGAUACAGACCCUACAGAACGGACUACGGGGGAUACAACCAGCAUGUCAUCAGGGAGGUCGUCAAUGUAUAUGAUCCAGAGGUUGAUACCGCUGACGAUGAACCGAGCAAUUCCCCCCGAAGUGGCAAGAAUUUCAUCUGGGCCACGCGGCAUUGAAAACACGGGAAAAUCAAAUGACAAAAAUUAACGGGCGACUGCCAUUCCCCGUAAAACAGUUUGAUGCACGGAGAAAAAAAUUGAAACCAUCAUUCCAAUGAUGACUUUUAUUUCAACUCGCAGAUUACAGAACUUUCGCGUAUUUUUUAUUGAACUUUUUCUCUCCGUGUAUCGAGGCUGUCGAUUUUCGGGAUAUUUCUGUAUAAUUUAGCGAUUGAGCUGUUUACCCAUUGGUGAUUUUUUAAAUCAAUCUAUUUAUAAAACUCAACUCCCCAAUUAUAGUAUUCAAUUUAAGAUUAUUGUAAUCACCUUUAUAAUUGUGUACUGAAUCUAGCCACCAUGACAGACAGCGAGACAAUGAAAAU